CGAACACAUCUUGCUCUAAGCAUCUGGAACAGCAUUGAAGAACUAGACGCAUUCCUCGUAUCGCGUUUGCGGCUAAUCCAUUCUCUACUUAAUGUCAGUGAAUGGCCAAACCGCGCCGCAUGCUCUGGCAACGGCAAAGCGCCUACCCUUAGCUCGACUCCAUUUUACCAACGAGCCGACCCAGGUACAUGCUGUGCAGUCAGCCCUCUUAAUGCUUCCCUACGAGAUUCUGGAGGCGGUACUUCUUCACCUCCCGACACGGGAUCUUCUACUCUCCCAGCGCAUAUGUCAGCGCUUUCGUUAUAUGGUUGAAUCUUCUAAACCGGUUCGCCGCACACUCUUCCUUGAGCCUGCACAUCAUAAUGGACAACUUGACGACUGGCCAUUGCUUAAAUUCAAUCCUUUCCUUACGAAUCAACUGGCAGGGUCUUUCCACACGCGAGCGAUAGGCGUGCAUCGAGGCAAAGAUGGAAUCGUUAAGAUGGUGGCCCACAUGCGCUACGAGAAGGAGGCUCUUCUAGACGAUGACUGGGCGGAGAUUAUUCUCUACGAACAUGCAAGUUGGAAGUCAAUGUUGGUAAGCCAGCCUCCUGCAACGCUUUUGAUGCAUCCGAGCGCUAGCCUGUUCUGGAAGACUGCGAUGGAGCAGAGGGCACAGUUUUGGCGUGAUGACGCUGGCUUUACCAUCUUGGACGCCUUGGGAUGUGCGGAUUGGUGACCGGACUGCCUUGCCGCACGCAAGAAGCGGGGAUUUACCUGCCAUGCUCUGGCUAUGCCUGGUCUGACAUCUCACACAUAUUUUUCCAAGCCUGACCAAGAAGCCUGUGGGGUAUACAGCAUUAAAUGCAGUCCCCUGAGAAGUGCGCCCGCCUGUGUUAGCGUUGCUCGCUGCUUCUGGCAGCUGCGACUGUCGACGCGGGGCUUGUACGCAUGUUAGGCUUGGAAGGACACUAGCAUGUUUGUAGAAGAGAAUUCGCAAUCAUAUGUUAAUGGGGAGUCAGAUGUAUCAU